AUGGGAUUCAAAUUUCAUUAUAAUCAAGUUCUCUGCCUCCUCUUCUUGUUCUUGUAUGCUCGUUUUGAAGUCAAUUCAACAGUCAUAUGCAAUCCCAAAGAGAGUCUUGCCUUGCUCCAAUUUAAGAACACCAAUGCAUUUAAUGUUACUGUGUCUUCUUCUGCUGAAGAUGUUUGUACUCCUCAGACACUCUCUUGGGUGGAGCGUACAGAUUGCUGCUUUUGGAAAGGAGUAACAUGUGAUAAUGCAACAGGGCCAAUUCCAGCAUCAUUUGGGAACCUCACUCAACUCACUGCUUUGUGGCUCGAUGAAAAUGCUUUAACCGGUCAAGUCCCAUCAUCAAUAUCAAAGCUAGAGCAGCUUACUUAUUUAGAACUUUCAAUCAACUCGUUGGCAGGUCAGAUUCCAAAUUUUGGUAACCUUAGUAAGCUGACAUUUUUAAGUCUUUCAUGGAAUAAUUUUAGUGGUCCCCUCCCUUAUCAUGUGAGUCGUCUUCCGUAUUUAACCGACAUAGACUUGUCUCAUAACUUUCUCAGUGGUAAAAUGCCAUCAGAGUUGUUCAGUUUGCCAUCUUUGCAGAGUUUACAACUCAAUGAUAAUACAUUCUCCGCUCCUAUUGACCAAUUCGAGCCGUCUAAUUCAUUGUCUGAUGUUGAUUUGAGUAAUAAUAAGAUAAGUGGUUCAAUUCCAAGUUCCAUGUUUAAACUUGAGAAACUUCUCUUUAUCUUUCCUCAAAUAACUUCAGUGGCACUAUCCAAUUGGACAUAUUACUGCAACUACAUACCUUCGGGGGAUUAUUCUUUCAUAUAA